AUGCAGCGGCACACCCCCGCCUCCGUACUCCGACUCAACAACGAGCGCGCCCCGCGCCGCUCCCCGCAGCUGACCUUUCUCUGGGGCUUUGGCGGCGGCACCAUCACCUCGCUCCUCUUCCAGGACCCCAAGCGCGGCCCCCUGGCGUUCUUCGUCAACAACGACAUCGCGCUGAUCUGGACCCUCUGCUGGUGGCUGGUGGCGUACAGCCCCGGGGGUUUGUCCGAGCUCAGCGAUCCCGGCUGGGUCAGCCGCUCGAGCUUCGUGGCCGCGGCGGCGUACUUUCUCGCCGCCCACGCGCUGCGGCUCGUGGAGCCGGCCGCGGCGGCGGGGCUGCUGGUCACGGCGCUGGUGGUCCAGAGCCUGCUGACUGAGCCGCUGGGGCGGCCCCUGGACUUCACGCAGCCCAUCGCAGACGCCUUCCACGCCAUCAGCUUCGUCCCGAAGCCCUCCUCCGCAGCCAUCGUUGUCGGUGCGGCACGCCCCGCCCCCGGCCCCGCGGCCACCUUCACCACAACUCCCGCGAUCUCCUCGCCCCCGGGGACGCCGAGCAAGUCGCGCGGCGUGGUGCGCCGCGCCGCAGGCGCGAGCGGCGCGGCGGGCGGCGCGGCGGCAUGGGAGGAGACGCCGGCGGCGACCCCCGAUGAGUGUCACCCGUGCGACGCGGCGCUCGUCGCGGCUGGCGGCGGCCUCUGUGGGGACGUCUUGACCUUGAGGGGCGGAUUGCACCUGCAGCCCUUCAAGGGGACCCCGGCCCUGGGACGACAUGCCGCGGGGGUAUCCAUUAUUCGGCCGGACGGGCAGCAGCCGGGGGUCGGGGCGCGGCUAGGUCCGGGGCGCUUCCGGGACCCCGGGGGUUGA